AUGACGUUUCAAUACAGCGAAAUCAAAAACGAACAUCUUCAAUUCAUUAUCACAUACUAUAGCAGAAGCGGCUUACGCAGUUCCAGCGGCUUCAUCCAGAAAUUUAUCUCAGUUUACGUCCUUUACCCUUUAUUCCUCAUUUUUUACACUUUAGUGAUCCUCAAUUUCCGCUACAAACAUGACACCAUUUUCGAUUUCGUCGAAAUUUUCAGCUCGGUUUCUUCGUUCGCAAACUUGUUGUCACGAAAAACGGCUCUUGUAGUCGACGGCCACCUUUUCGAUGAUAUCAUUAAAGAAAUUCCUCGGUUCUGGAAAUACGAUCUAUGCGGAAAAAAUGACGAAAAAAACAAAUACAGCGCAAGGAUGGCCCUAUGUGUUAAAUUUAUUAAGUUUUUAUGGAUUAGUGGUGUUGUUUCUCUUACUUUUCAUUCUUCGGCGCCGAUUUUCGUAAAGGAGAUGUCGUUGCCUCAUGCUUGUUGGAUUCCUGGGGAUAUUUUCGCGUUUCGAGUCAUUAUUUACACUUUGGAAGUAAUUUUUUACAUUGAAGUUGUUUUCCUGUUAGGGGUUUUUGACGGAUUUUACUUGUUGAUGUGCACGGAGCUGAAAAUUCAGUUGGAAUUGUUGGAAAAAGCAGUGAAUGCGAUUGAAUUUAGAGCCGACGAAGAUUUGACUAACGAAAAUAAAUGUUGGGAAAAAUUGAAGGAGUGUAGUCGUUAUCAUAAGUUUUUAUUAAGAUCAUCAAGUUUAACUCAAGUUGUGGAAGGAGCUUUUAUUAUCGUCUUGGCUAAUGUUUUAAUCGCAAUGGUUUUUAUCCCAUCAAGUUUAGUAGAAAUUGAAGCUGAGCAACUUUCAUAUGCAAUAUACAAUAUAGACUGGUACAAUGCAAAGCUCCCGAAAAAUCGCAAGUUCGUUUUAUUUUGGCUGAGACAAACUCAAAUUCCGUUAGAAAUGACAGGAGCUGGGAUAUUAAAGAUUAAUCGACCGGUGAUGCUUCAGAUACAGCGUCUAGGAUUUUCUGUCUCCUCUUUGUUGGCCGGACUUACAUAA